CUGCUGUUCACUCAAAAACACGCCGGGCCGUGCCGCGACGUUCAUUCUGAAUAUUAAUAAGCCAGUCCUUCACUGACUGCACUGCCUACUUCAUGGAGCUCAUUGCGCAGCGCCUGUAUAAUCAAACGACGUGAAUACGACAUAAUUACUAGUCUGUUUAUCACGUGAAAAUGCAAAUUAAUUCGAAAGACUUGAAAUAACGCACAAGAAAUAUUAUCUGCUUAUUUUAUGGUACUUUUAUGUGCUGUUUGGAGCUUGACAAUCACCAUCCCCUCAUCCUUCUCAUUAAGCAUUGAUUAUAUGAACAGAUAUCAAAACUGACAUUUCUGAGCUGUAACAUAUAGAGACCAUGUGAGAUUCUGCGAAAUGCACAUUCAAAUAGAGAAAAAGAGAAAGACUCAGAGGGGUGGAGGAAGACAUCAGGGUGGAGUUUGUCUUCAGAUGAUGUUUGAAUGAAAACGCAAGUUUCUACACAUUCAAGAGAAACCGAGACGGAGAGCCUGACUGCAACGUCCUCCUACAGACGGCUAAACAGAAGCUCACACUGACUCAACAUAAGCCACAGUGUAAUCUCCACUCGGUUUGAUUAUGCCAUCAAAAGCACGCACAACCACAGCAAACGAGAGCAUCAUUGCACAAACUGAGGAGCAGAAAGUGAAUGUGAGACACAACCGUCAUGAUAAAGAUCGUUGUGAGCCAGACUUUGAUGGGUGGAAGGAAACCAUUGCCCAGACAUCAUUACCCAGAAACCUCAGAUUUGCAUAUCACAAUCGGAAGGUGCUGGGUGUUUUCACCACAGAGGUCAUUCCUGCAGGGACCCACUUCGGCCCGCUGCUCGGAGAACAUCUUCACCCUGAACAUUUGCCUGCAGACAUUCACGGAAAACACAUCUGGAUGAUCUUCUCAGAGGGGCGAUUGCAUCACUUCCUUUCUUGUGAGGAUGAGAGUGGCAGCAACUGGAUGCGCUUUGUAAACUAUGCCCCGUCUCCUUGGCAACAGAAUCUUGCCACAUUCCAAAUUGCAAUGCAGAUUUACUUCUAUGUCAUGAAGGUUCUAAUGCCAGGGGAGCAGCUGCUGGUGGGGCGGAGCCUAGAACACAAGCAGCCAAUGAGCACCAGCCUCAGAACUGCCUGUCUAAAACAGCCACUUCCCACACACUCUCAUUCUCAGGGUAAAGAUCAAGUGAGGAGGAGAAAGCGAGGUCACACGGUCACUGAAAUCCUGGAUCUGGAUCGCUGGACUGAUCAUCACACAGAAACUCCUCCAAACAAACCGUUUAACUCCAUCACACAAACGAAAUAUGGGGUAAAAGUGACCAGAGACCUGCAGAAUCCAAAAUUACCUCCAUUUUUAAUGACUAAUGCCGUCUCUGAGGUCUCUUUAAACCUGAAAAUGCCAUCUAGUGUGGGAAAGCAUGUAUACAUCUCUGCAAUCCCACAAUCCUCUAUGCCAAUGUAUAUUUGGCCUGUUAUUCAAUACAUGCCGUCACAUCAGCCAGUGGGAUUUGGACGAACAACACCACACAUGUCCCAUAAUAUUCCACCAAUCCACAUGUAUCCACCUCUCUUGCAUCCAACAUCCAAUGAGAAUCAUCUUUCAUUAGCGUUGAUCAAUAGAGGCGACCCCAAAAUUAAAGUAACAGACUCUGCAAAGAGAGAAAUGAAUCCUAAAGACAAUAGUAAAGCAACCGAUCCGUCUCUGGCUGAAGUGUCCAGUGCUGAUGACAUCACAGUCCAGAGAGACUCACCUGAGAUGGGCGUGGCUUCCUUGGGUGGCUCCGCCUCCGCCUGUUACGGCACAGAGUCUCAGGCUGGCCAAAAGCGACAGAUUGUAGGUUACAAGGCUUUACCGUAUCCAUUACAGAGACAGAAUGGAAAGAUCCAGUAUAAGUGUAACGUGUGCGGAAAGAACUUCGGUCAACUGUCCAAUCUGAAGGUGCAUCUGAGGGUUCACAGCGGUGAGAAACCAUACAAGUGCAAUAUCUGCUGGAGGAACUUUUCCCAGCUGGCUCAUCUUCAAAAGCACAUCCAGGUUCAUACGGGAGAGAAACCACAUGAAUGCCAUGUGUGUAACAGGUGCUUCAGCAGCUGCAGUAACCUGAAGACUCACCUGCGGCUGCACUCGGGCGAACGGCCGUAUGUCUGCAAGCAGUGCCCCGCCAGCUUCACCCAGCACAAGCACCUGCGGCUUCACAGACGCCUGCACGCCGCCCCGCGCUCACACCGCUGCCCGCACUGCUCUCGCAGCUACGCACAUCUGAGCAGCCUGCAGAUCCACCUGCACCAGUUCUGCCCCGCCUCCAGCCUCACAGGCUCCGCCUCUCAGCUGUGCCGAGCCAAUGACGAGAUCCAGAGGUUUGAUCUGAGUGAAGGUGCAGGGAAGCUUGAGGCUGGCAUGGAGGCGGAGUCUAUAAAGAAGAUGUGUCGGGUGAUCUGGGCGGUUGCAGCUCCACCUGUCGUCCAGCAGGGAGCAGCACAGGCCCAAACAAUGACACCUGAUUCAUCCAGCACUCUUUCUCCAGAGGUUUCCUUUAGACAGGAAGAAGAUGAUCAGUAAAUUGUCUGAUAUGUUAUUUUCGAAUUAAAUUAACACUUUUAUUCAGCAAGAAUGCAUUUAGAUGAUCUAAAAAUAACAGUAAAGACAUUUAUAAUGUAAAAAAAUAUAUAUUUCAAAUAAAUGCUGUUUUUUUUAAACUUUCUAUUCAUCAAAGAAUCCUAAAAAAACAGUUUCCACAAAUAUUUGAAGCAGCACAACUGUUUUCAACAUUGAUAAUAAUCAGAAAUGUUUCUUGAGCAGCAAAUUAGCAUAUUAGAAUGAUUUCUGAAGGAUCACGUGACACUGAAGACUGGAGUAAUGAUGCUGAAAAUUCAGCUUUGAUCACAGGAAUAAAUUGCAUUUUACAAUAUAUUCAAACAGAAAACAGUUAUUUUAAAUUGCAAUAAUAUUUCACAGUAUUGUUGUUUUUAUUGUAUUUCUGAUCAAAUAAAUGCCUCGGUGAGCUUAAAGACUUAAAAAUAUUACUGACCCAAAAACUUUUGAAUGAUAGUGUGUGCUAAUAUAUUAUGUUAUAUGAAUAACAUCUAAGUGCACAGUACUAAAUGUUGCACAUUGGUUUUAUUUGUUAUUAUUAAAGUACUGACAAAGACAUCUUAUAUAGUUUUAAGGGGAGAUCGGGGCUUGUUGUCACACUGGGUUUUAUUUGUGUUUUUAUCCAAUAUCAUCAUUUUUGUGUAAUAUCAUAUUUGUAUAAUAACAGCUGAGCACAGUCAAUCCAAGCAAACAAGCAUUCAGACAAGAGUCAGCUGCUGAAGUUAGAAUUAAGUUUGAUUUUAACUGAAACUGUAGUCUCAGAGCAAGAGUAUUUUCAUAAAUGUCAAAUAGCUGAAAGCUGGCAUGUGUUUUAUAAGUUAUAAUUGUACAUAAUUUAUUAAUGCCUAAAAGAGUGGUUUAAUAGUUUUGAUGCUUUUUCUAUUUGUGCUAUUUCAUGAUUUUUUGUUUAAUAAUUCUUACUGUUUUUUUUAGAAUAUUUUGCUAUUUAAACAACCAUUAAAUAGACUAUAACACAUUUCAAUACAUAUGUGGCUUUUUUUUUUAAACAUUAGGUG